GCCUUCUCCUCCUUCCUCUACAAUAAGCCUUAAACAUAUCCAUCAUCAUGACAAAUCUUUGUUUUCAUUUUUGUGUCUCCAUGUCCUUAUUACUACUUUGUCUCAUGGUUUGUCCCAUUAUAUGUAACACCACUUUUACCACUGAUGACUCUGCAGUUCUUGCCCUCAAAUUUUCAGUGACCGAUCCUCACAAUCACUUGGCUAAUUGGUCCAACUCUUCUUCAAUUUGCGAUUGGACUGGUGUUAUAUGUGAUUCCAAUGAUGGGAGAGUCAAGAUCUUGAAACUUGGCGGGAUGGGUCUCAAGGGCGCCUUACCCUCGCAAAUUGGUAAUUUGUCUUUUCUGGAGGAACUUGACCUUCACAGCAAUAGUUUUUACGGUGAGUUGCCAAAAGAGUUACGGAAGUUAGACAAGUUAAGAAUUCUCAACUUGAGCUACAAUCAAUUUAGUGGAGAUAUUCCAUUAUGGAUAGGAAGCUUAUUCACACUUCAACACUUGAUUCUCGAAAAAAAUAAUCUUGGGGGUGUUAUUCCUUUAAGCAUAUCCAAUUUGUCAAAGCUGGAGACUUUAAAUUGGAGAUCUAAUUUCAUAGAAGGAUCCAUUCCACUUGAGAUUGGAAGGCUUCAAUACUUGAAGAUUUUACGCAUUUCAUCAAACAACCUUUCAGGGAUGAUACCUCCAAGUGUUUUUAACUUAUCCUCACUUGAGCAGAUCAUUUUGUCCAACAAUUCCUUAUCAGGAUCCAUUCCACUUGAGAUUGCAAGACUUCAACGUUUGAAGAUUUUAAGCAUUUCAUCAAACAACCUUUCAGGAAUGAUACCUCCAACUAUUUCUAACCUAUACUCACUUGAACAAAUCGUUUUGUCCUUCAAUUCCUUAUCAGGAGUUAUUCCUAAAGGAAUCAGUAAUCUGACAAAUGUAAAGUACAUAUCUUUAAGUGGAAAUCUGCUGUCUGGACAAUUACCAAAAGGCAUUGAAAACUUGACUAUGCUUGAAGAGUUAUAUCUUUCUUACAAUGACUUGCAAGGAAGUAUUCCAAAAGAGAUUGGUGAACUUCAUAAUUUGAAAACAAUAUCCUUGGGUGUUAAUGAGUUUUUUGGUCAAAUACCAUCAACUAUCUUCAACAUUUCAGGGUUGCAACAGAUGGAUUUGAGUCAGAAUAAUUUGUCAGGGAGCAUCCCCUCAUAUAUAUGUCAUGGGAUUCCAAAAAUCCAAUAUCUGUCUCUUGAAUUCAAUGAAUUGUCUGGUGCCUUACCAUCUCAAUGGAUACAAUGCAAGGAUCUCAACAUGUUUUCAGUAGCCUCCAAUAGAUUUAGUGGACACAUUCCAAGGGAGAUUGUAAACCUCACUAUGCUUCAAGAAUUAUAUUUGCCUGGAAACGUUUUCACAGGUACAAUUCCUGUGGAAAUAGGCAAUCUUCAUAAGCUUGAGAAAUUAGAGUUGGCAAUGAAUGAAUUGAGUGGAUCUAUUCCCUCAAUAAUUUUUAACAUGUCAACUUUGAAACUCUUGUCUCUACAAAGCAAUUUUCUGUCAGGUAGUCUUCCAUCAAAUUUUGGAAGUGGCCUUCCAUAUUUGGAACAACUGUAUUUAUGGGGAAACAGACUUUCUGGAAGAAUCCCAAAGACUAUAUCCAAUGCUUCUAAGCUAACAAUGAUGGAAUUGGCAUACAACAACUUUGAAGGGGCUUUACCUAGCACGAUUGGGCAUUUAAUAUACUUGAAAACCCUUCAAUUAUCUGCUAAUGAUUUAACCAUUGUAGAAACUUCCAGUUCUGAAAACAACUUCCUUACCUCAUUGACAAAUUGUAGAAAUUUGGAAGUCUUGGAUCUCUCAAUAAAUCCAUUGUAUACAAAACUUUCCAAAGCCAUUGGAAACUUCUCUCAUUCCCUACAGAAGAUGGAUAUGCACUCUUGCAAAAUUAAUGGCAACAUACCCUCAGAGAUUGGGAAUCUUACUAAUUUGAUUAGACUAUCUUUGGGUGAAAAUAGUCUGACUGGACCACUUCCAAGGACUAUCAGCAAUUUAAAAGCUCUUCAGUUUUUGAAUUUUGAAGGCAAUCAGCUACAAGGCUUAAUCGUUGAUGAGAUUUGUGAGAUUAAGAGACUUGUUUAUCUUUAUCUAAGUUUAAACAAGUUUUCUGGAGCAAUGCCAACUUGCAUAGGAAAUAUGACUUCUUUGCAAAAGCUUUUUGUGGGCUCCAAUAAAUUGAUUUCAGUUAUACCUUCUUCCUUUUGGAACUUAAAUGAUAUAUUGGAAGUAAAUUUAUCUUCCAAUAUUUUAGUUGGAAAUCUUUCAUUCAAAAUUGGAAACUUAAAAGCUCUUACGUUAUUGGAUUUGUCAAGAAAUAAUCUUUCAAGCAUCAUUCCUAUAACAUUGGGUGGCUUGCAGAAUCUACAAAUUCUCUCCUUAGCACAUAACACAUUGCAAGGGAAUAUUCCUGAAACAUUUGGAAAUUUGCUAAGCUUGGUAAAGUUGGACCUCUCCCAAAAUAAUUUGUCUGGUGAAAUCCCUAAAUCUCUAGAGUCACUUGUUUAUCUUAAGAACAUCAAUCUCUCUUAUAAUAAAUUGCAUGGAGAGAUUCCAAAUGGUGGGGCUUUUAAAAAUUUAACUUUUGAGUCUUUCAUGAUGAAUGACGCUCUUUGUGGCCAACCACGGUUGAGAGUGCCUCCAUGUAGAAAUGGAAUAAGAAAAGGAUCAAUGACUAAAUUGAUCUUAUUAAAAAUUAUAUUACCCAUUGUUGUGUCAACAAUUUUAGUUGUUUUAGGUAUCAUACUAUGGUGGAAACGACCAAAUUCAAAAAAUGAUCAAGUUGAAAGGAAUUGUUCAACUUUAGGAGUACCAAGAAGGAUUUCUUAUUUUGAGAUUGUAGAUGCAACUAAUGGAUUUGAUGAGAGUAACUUGAUUGGCCGCGGUAGCUAUGGUUCUGUGUUCAAAGGAAAGCUUUUCAAUGGGAUUGUAGUUGCAAUUAAAAUCUUCAAUUUUGAUUCAGAAAUAAUGUCAAGGAGCUUUGAAGUAGAAUGUGAUACAAUGCGUAAUGUGCGCCAUCGCAAUUUGGUGAAGAUCAUUAGUAGUUGCUCUAAUAUUGAUUUCAAGUGUUUGAUAAUGGAGUUCAUGCCCAAAGGGAGCCUUGAAAAAUGGUUAUAUUCUCAUAACUAUUGUUUAGACUUUCUUGAAAGAUUGAAUAUAAUGAUAAACGUAGCAUCUGCCUUAGAGUAUCUUCAUCAUGGCUUGUCAACACCAAUAGUUCAUUGUGAUUUAAAGCCAAGUAACAUCUUGUUGGAUGAUAAUAUGGUUGGUCAUGUGAGUGACUUUGGAAUUUCCAAACUUUUAGAUGAAGGGCAAUCAAAGACACAUACAGAAACAAUUCCUACAAUUGGCUAUGUCGCACCUGAAUAUGGAUCUUCUGGAGUUGUUUCAACUAAAGUAGAUGUAUAUAGCUAUGGAAUUAUAUUGAAAGAAGUCUUCACAAGGAAAAAACCAACCGACAAUAUGUUUGUUUCAGGAUUGAGCUUAAAGGGUUGGGUAAGUGUGUCAAUGCCACAUGCAAUAAUUCAAGUCAUAGACUCCAAUUUAUUACAAGAAGAUGAACAACAUGUUGAUCAUAUCUUACAAGCCACAUCCUCUAUUUUUGAAUUAGCCUUGAGUUGUUGUACUGAUAUUCCAGAAACACGUAGCAAUAUGAUAGAUGUUGUAGUGUCAUUAAACAAGAUCAAGGCCAAAUUUAUGCAAGGUCAGAAAUGUCAUAUUUGAACAUGCAUGCGCUUUAUUUGCAAUUAAGCAGUUUGGACAUAUUUAUUACCUAGUGAUAAAGGGAUGUUUAUUUUUCCCAAGACAUUGAACAAAA